AUGUCUCGUCGUGGUGGGCGGUGGGGAAUGAAUUUUAUAUCUGCCAGUGGGUCAGAUUCCCAUUUGUCGUUAAAUAGUUUACAAGCAGCUGAGGCAACAGCUAAAGAACUGCAGGAGCGAUCAGAUAGCUCUUCUGGACCACGGUCCUCUGCCUACGCCCCUCCGCCUUCUUUUGCAGGCGUUCCACCGGUUGGCCAAACCUCAUUUGCUCCAGCUUAUAAUACGCAUAGAGGUGGUGGCGGACCCAGUGGAACUUCCAGAGCCUUCACUCAUUUGGGUAAAAAAAGAAUACAUGAUGAAGAUUACUAUUUUAAUGAUGAGGAAGAGCCGGAAGAUGAAUUGGAAUAUCAGCCAGCUCCGGGUAGUCCUGCUGCUGAAGGCAAAACCUGCUCCGAUAAUAAGGGUGCUGAAUCUGAUGACUCCGAUGAUCCGUUGGAUGCCUACAUGCAGAAUAUCGAGAAAGAGGUCGUUCAGUUGAAUUCCGGCGCAAAGGACAAACAGGAGCAACAGAAAAGCAAAUUUAAAAAGAAUGUUCGUGACGAUAUUGAGCAGGAGGACACCAUAGAAUCAUAUCUACGUUUCAUGGAAGAGAAUCCAAAUGUAGGUGUAGUCGGAGAUGAAGAAGAAAUUUACGAAUACGAUGCUGAAGGAAACAUUGUUUCUAUUGAAAAGAAGCCUAUCGAUCCCUUGCCUCCAAUUGACCACUCACUUAUUAACUAUGCGCCAUUCACCAAGAACUUCUAUGUCGAACAUCCAGAUAUUUCGGGAUUGAGUGGAUCAGGCGUACUGGAUUUGUUGAAAAAGCUGAAUAUCAGAUUGAGUGGCAUCUCACCACCUAGGCCUGUGUGCUCUUUUGCCCACCUUAACCUUGAUUCUCCUUUAAUGGAAUCAAUUAGACAAGCGGGUUACACCCUGCCCAUGCCCAUUCAAGCAGCCUCAGUACCUGCUGCUUUAUCCGGACGAGACAUUGUUGGCAUCGCAAAAACGGGUAGUGGUAAGACUGUUGCCUUCUUGUGGCCGAUGAUCACUCAUAUUAUGGCUCAACCUGAGUUAAAAAUCGGCGAUGGGCCUAUUGGUGUCGUUUGUGUGCCGACGCGUGAGUUGGCGCUGCAGAUCUACACGGAGGCGAAGAAGUUGGCCAAAUUCUACAAUCUGAGUGUGGUGUGUGCCUACGGUGGAGGAUCUAUGUGGGAACAACAGAAAGCCUGUGAAGCUGGCUGUGAAAUACUCAUAUGUACCCCUGGUCGUUUAAUCGAUUUGGUUAAGAAGAAGGCCACAAAUCUACGACGCGUGACAUUCCUAGUUUUUGAUGAAGCCGACAAAAUGUUUAACCUCGGCUUUGAACCCCAAGUUCGUUCAAUCGCCAAUCAUGUCCGCCCGGAUAGGCAAGCCCUACUUUUCAGCGCAACAUUCAAGAGUAGAAUAGAGCGCUUAGCUCGAGAUAUUCUCACCGAUCCUGUUCGUAUUGUUCAAGGUGAAGUUGGAGAAGCUAAUGAGGAUAUCACUCAAAUUGUUGAAAUUUUCAACAAACCUGAGGAAAAAUGGGAUUGGCUGACGAGGCACGUGGUUAGAUUUACCUCUGAGGGUAGCGUCUUGAUCUUUGUAACCCGCAAAGUGCACUGUGUUGAAGUAGCAGAUAAGCUGAGAGCUCGUGAUUUGAAAGUCCUGCUUCUACAUGGUGAUAUGCAUCAAUCGGAUCGCAAUUCGGUGAUCUCCAAGUUCAAGCACAACGAGGCCCCCAUUCUGGUUGCUACUGAUGUUGCAUGUAAGUGUAGUAAUGAUUGUGUUUUGAUUUGA